CAGGAGGCGGAGGCGGAGGCGGAGGAGGAGGAGAAGGUGAAGGAAAACCGAUAAAACGAGUGGUGUACACCGGUGGUGAGACGAGAGCGAGGCCGCGAUCCAGGUCGCGGGUGAGUCCCGCGAACGAGAUCGCAGGAGAAAAAGGACGACGACGACGACGACGACGACGACGACGACGACGACGACGACGACGACGACGACGACGACGACGACGACGACAACGACGACGAUAAGGGACAAAAGAAAAGGAGGGUGAAAGGGGGAACAAUAGGAAAGGGAACGAAAGGAUAAAGAUACGGAAGAAAGUGGUGAUGAUAAGAUCGACGUCGAUUUUCGACCGGUGGUGCCGUAGGACGUACGAGUCGAGCGUCACGGCGGAAAGGGCGGCAAGGAAGGCCGACGAGGUAAAGAGAGCCGCGAAGGUGGAGCUCCAGAGCAAGAGGCGUUCCUAUUAUCAGUGGUGUCGUCGAUCGGUCGUCGAGCGACGAGGUGGUUUGGGAAAUAAUGCGCGUUAGAGACGUGACAGCGAGAAAAAGGACGUGGACGACGCCGACGCUGAGGACGAUCAAGACGAACGAAAAGUGUGCAAUCCAGACGACUGCGGCGAAGACGACGACGACGACGACGACGACGACGACGGCGGCGACGACGGCGGCGACGAGGACGACGACGACGACGACGACGACAACGGCAAGGACGGCUACGGCUACGACAACGGCGAUACGAAGACGAAGAAGACGCACGACGAUCGCGAACAUCGACGACGACGAAGUCGCGAGAAGAGAGCAACAGCAGCCGAGCAAUCAGCCGCGACGGCAUUUGAUCCAACGCAAUUAUGUACGCGUACGGUUUCGAGAUCACGUAGUACUUGGCGUGUAAUUAUGUUGUUGUUGUUGUCGUCGUCGUCUUUGCACGGCGCGCCCUGUGUAGCUUCACGGUGAAAAUCUGGCGUGAGAGUUGCCGCGGUGGAACGGGGAACAUGGCGUCGGUCUCGGCCGAAACUCGAGCCAUCCAUGGGCACAGUUUCAGUAAGAAGACGUUUCACAAACCGACGUACUGCCACAACUGCACGGACAUGCUCUGGGGCCUCAUUCAGCAGGGGUACAUCUGCGAAGUUUGCAACUUCGUGGUGCACGACCGCUGUCUCAAGGCCGUCGUGUCUCCCUGCUCCAGCAUCGCGGCAGGCCUGAUUAAGAACCCGGUCGCACACUGUUGGUCCGAACAGGUACAUCGGAAAAGAAAAUUCUGCAACGUCUGUCGGAAACGAUUGGAUGAUAAUCUAUCCAUACAUUGCCAAAUAUGCGAGUAUUUCGUGCACACGGAAUGUCAGGACUUUUCUGUGGCAGACUGCAAAGAAAAUGCAACUUAUUUGCCUGGAAAGGAUUUGGCUGCUGUAAAACAUACGCAUCAUUGGCGAGAAGGAAAUCUUCCGAGCAAUUCCAAAUGUGCCGUAUGCAAGAAAAGUUGCUUCUCUGCCGAGUGCCUUUCUGGGUUUCGUUGCGAAUGGUGCGGCGUAACGUCUCACGCAUUCUGCUACAAAAGCAUUCCCUCCGAAUGUACGUUUGGGAAUUUGGAAUCAAUUUAUCUACCGCCUCAUGCCGUCAGUAUUCCACGUACCGAGGUACCAAUGGAAGCUAUUAUCGGAGUAGAAGUGCGUCGUAAAGAAGUCCUGGCGCGUGAGUAUUCCUGCCAUAACAUCGGAGAGCAAUUCGAUUUCGCUGAGAGUGAACAAAUUGGGGCUGCAGGCCGCCUAGCAGAAGCUUUGAGGCGCCUUUCACUAGUUUUGCCACGUAGCUGCCAUGGAAAUUGUCAUGCUUCCCCUCCUUAUGUUCGAGCAAGAAGCAUAUCGGAAGAAUUUAGCAGUGGUGAUGCCAAGUAUCGCGAUAACGACGAACCUGUGCAAGGUCCGCAUGGCCGUGAUCCACGAUAUACUAAAGAUAAGGAAGAUAAAGAGAGAGGCGACGAAGAGAUGAUAAAGGUGUGCGAUGGUAAUAACUCUUUGAGGCGUCGAUUAUUUCGAGUAAUCACGAUACCUAGACAAGCUACCACGGAACAAGUUUUAACAUCCGCACUUCGUGCAUUUCAUAUCACGAAAGAUUCUAGCAAUUUUUACUUAACCGACUUGUACGCCGCCGAAGAAACUGAAUUGUGCGAUCCGACACCAGUUCUAAACUUGAAUCGUAAAGAAGGCAAACGUCCGGCAGUCUUCUUGCGAUUUAAGGAUAAUGAAAGCGGAGAAGUGCGAGUCUAUCCUGGAAAGUUACAAAUAUCGGAGUCGUUUUGCAUCGUACCCGUAACGGAAACAACGACGGUAACAGAUUUAAUCCAGGAAUCCCUUCAAAGGUUUAAUUUAAAAAGUGCGAAUUCUGAAGAUUACAGAUGUAGAAAAAUUCUCCUGAAUCGCGACGUAUCCGGCCGUGUUUUAUCGCCAGAGGAAAAGCCAUGGGAUAUAGUUAAACAGCUCGGUAAAGAUUCCAUUAGGCAAAUGGAAUUGAUGCGUUUUUAUUUACAAUUAAAACAAGAUCCCCACGGUCCCAAUCUGGCUCUAUUCGUGGGUAACUUGCCACCGAAUCUUUCGGAACGAAUUUAUGAAAAUAUGUUGACCGAGUUUUUAGGAAAAGAAAACAAAUUCUCAUCCAUUGGCCCAAUUUACUACGAAUACGGUUCGAUGGUAAUUAUAUACGAAGAUUCGAAUAAAGCGGUUAAAGCGUUGUACACUUUGCGCGAAUCGAAAUACGAAGACAAACAUCUUCUGGUUAUGUUAUUGCCAAGUAUCGAACCGAGUAUGGUACCAUCAGGUGUUCAACCCUUGCUUGUAUUUGUGAAUGUCAAAUCUGGUGGUUGCCAAGGGCUACAGUUGAUAUCUAGCUUUCGUAAACUCUUAAAUCCCUUUCAAGUGUUUGAUCUGGAUAAUGGCGGGCCACUACCUGGGCUUUACGUUUUUCGUCACAUUAAGCACUACAGAAUUUUAGUCUGCGGCGGAGAUGGUACGAUAGGAUGGGUCUUGCAAUGUUUGGACAACGUCGGCCAAGACAGCGAAUGUUCUUCGCCCGCCUGCGCUAUCGUACCGUUAGGAACGGGAAAUGAUUUGGCGAGAGUAUUAUGCUGGGGAUCCGGAUAUACUGGCGACGAGGAUCCAUUGAAUUUAUUGCGAGAUGUUAUCGAUGCCGAAGAAAUUAUAUUGGACAGAUGGACGGUUGUUUUUCAUCCAGAAGAAAAAGAUGACAAGUGCCAAAUGAGCACCAAUGCCGCAGUAGGCGCAAGCUCGACCAGCGAGGACAAUACGCAAAUAUUUGUGAUGAAUAAUUAUUUCGGUCUUGGGAUCGAUGCGGACUUGUGCUUAGACUUUCACAAUGCAAGAGAGGAGAAUCCUAACAAGUUCAAUAGCAGAAUACGAAAUAAGGGUGUAUACGUGAAAAUGGGUUUACGUAAGAUGGUCGGACGUAAGCCGUGCAAAGACUUGCACACUCAGAUUCGAUUGGAGGUGGACGGCAAAUUGGUGGACUUGCCGCAAGUCGAAGGAAUAAUUAUUCUCAAUAUUUUAAGUUGGGGCUCUGGUGCGAAUCCUUGGGGACCAGAUAAGGAAGAUCAGUUUAAUAAACCAAAUCAUUGGGAUGGUAUGUUGGAAGUCGUAGGAGUUACAGGUGUCAUGCAUCUAGGACAAAUUCAGUCUGGUCUCCGUGGAGCAAUGAGGAUAGCGCAGGGUGGGCAUAUAAAAAUACGUUUGCAGUCUGAUAUACCAGUACAAGUAGAUGGCGAACCGUGGGUCCAGAGUCCGGGAGAAAUUGUAGUUCUAAAAUCUGCAUUAAAGUCUCCAUAAAGAGGCAUUACCUGACUGCCGAUGUCCGUCAGCGCAUGCAUUCCUCCCCUAAUCGCACUCUACUAAUUAUUCCUUGUUCCUUUGUUCACUUCAGGCUACCAUGUUGAAGAAAAAUAAGAUCAAGCGUCGGAAUACCGAACCGUCGAUCCUACCUGCUAAUGGGGAGGGGGGCAAGAGCACGGACGAGUAAACCAACCAUACUGCAGCUUGCCACUAGUCAGUCAUUAUAAAUCGUUCUUUUAAGAGAGAGGUGUGCGAUCCUCGCCUAGACUCCUCGAUGUGCUAAAGAAAUAGCACAUGGGAACGGGGAGUUUCGGUGCGAUCUCACCCCCCCCGUAAAAAUAAAUAGGCCUCCUAUGUAUGAAUUGUUCCGAUCGACUCCCGAAAGAAACGCAUGCGUUUACCUCGAUGUAUAUAUAUAUCACCACCGUGUCGAUACCCUUGGCCCAAUUGCAGCUGGAUGCUUCUCGUAAUAUAUAUAUAUAUAUAUGGAUUAGUCACGCAUCUCUUUUAUUAGAUAGACGUUCUUAGCUUUUAUGGAAUAAUGUUUCUUUUUCUUUCUCUUUCUCUUUCGUUUCUUUCGUUUUUUUUUUCUUUCCUUCUUUCUUUCCUUCUUUCUUUCUUUCUUUCUUCGUUCAUUUAUCUGUCUUCUUAUUACUUCUUAUUACUAUAUAUGUAUCAUUUUCGUAUCAUCUUUUUUUCCUGAGUUCUGACAUCUAUAUUUCUCACUUCGUCAUUACCAUUAACUUUCUAUCGAUUACUCCUUUGUGCGUUCCCCUGAUCCUGUCCCUUCCUAGGCAACGAUGCUGAAGAAGAGCAAGGGUAAAAUGAAGCGGCGUAAUACAGAAUCCAGCAUGCAGCUCGCACUACAGGCUGCGCCCUCGAACGAUCCGGAUUCUGAAAUCUUCUGAGUGAACAAAUCGUACUGUGCGAAGAUGGUCAAUGUCGUUGUCACGCAGGAGCACGUAGUCACGCACGAAAAUCAUUCGAUUAUACGAUGAUAACGUAUAACGUGCGUAAGCGGCCUCGAAAUCGUCACCGUAACGAUUUUACUGUUGCGAACAUAAAUAACUUCGAUAACUACAACGCAGUUACUUCAACAGGUGGAAGUAGAUAAGAUUUUCAAAUAAAAACUCAUGAUAAGAUUCAUUGAAAAAAAAAAGAAAAAACAAAAAAAAACAAAAAAAAAACAAAAAAAAGACAAAAAAAGAAAGCUCAGUGAUAUCUUUAAUGUCCGUUCACAUGUUGCUAGGAUGAAACUAGAUCUCAUUAAUGAAUGUUAAUAAUCAUAGCACUGUAUGUAGCUUGUCAAUCAAUAUUUUUUUAGUCAAAUUAUAAUAGAAAGUAACACACGAUAAUGUUACCUCCACGAACUUUUAAAAGCAGUAUUGAAGAUCGUAAGAUAUUUGCUUCUAAUGUUCAAUUUAUGUUUAUAUAGCUUGUAGAUUGGACACACAAAUGUAAUGUAUAUUACUUUAGUAUGGUACUUUACCAAUCUGUGGCAGUAUGAAUCGAGUAUUGCGAUAUAAGACGCAAAAAAGGCAUAGAGAUAGUGAGAGUGAGAGUGAGAGUGAGAGUGAGAGAGCGAGAGCGAGAGCGAGAGAGAGAGAGAGAGAGAGAGAGAUCAGUUGUUAUUAAUAUGUUAUAUAUACAUAUACAUAUAUAUAUAUAUAUAUAAAAUAUUAAUAUAUUUACAUAAUAUCGUAUUAGUAUUACGAUCUAAGUUGUGAUAAUUACAAUCUGACCGCUGGGCAGUCUGGAAUUCACAAACCAGGUGCGGUUAGAAAUUUCCUAGAAAUAAUUCAUAAGAGAGUUAAUGUAACAACUUUCAAGUAGCGUCGCUCUAAGGCAAAGCACUUUGCCAAUUCGUCUUUGACUUGUGUAAAAGAGCAGCGCCAUGGGCUAUGAAUUGGACAAGUAAAUAAAAAAAAAUGAAUAAAUAAAAAAAGAAACAAAAACAUUAAGGAGGUGGCUUAAUAACGUUCUAAAUUUGGCUCUGAUAAAUCCAAAUAUUCCAAUUUAUCGGAGCCAUCGGUGGAUCGAACAUUCCACUUUAUUGUAGUCAAAGCAGAAAGAAAGAAAGAGCGAGCGAGCAAGCGAGCGAGAGAGAGCGAGAGAGAGAGAGAGAGAGAGAGAGAGGAAGGGAGAAUACGUGUUGUACAUUUAAAAAAAGCCAGUGUAUAAGAAAAAUUAUAUAACGAUGAACAAAGUUGAAUGAUAAUAACGACGAAAUGGCCCUCUUCUCACGUGACAUAAAAAGCACGCCUUUUAAACAUCGAGUAGCAAUGCCCGAUGAACGACGAUGGACUCUAUUCAAUGGCAUUGUUGAUUAUGUAAAGAGAAAAGAAUGGGAGAAAGUGUGUGUGUGUGUGCGCGUGUGUGGUGCGUGCGUGCAUGUGUGCGUGCCUGUGCGAACGAGAAUGGGUUUUGGGAGUGACAAAAAUGCGGUGCCAAACAGUUGUAAAUAAUAUUAUAUAUGUAGGAGAUAAGAUGGAACUAGUCGUGGUGGCAUCUAAUGCAGCGCAAGAAAUGGAUGCAGUGCGACGUGUGUUGCCGAUAUUAAUCCUAAAGAAGAGAAAUGUAAUCUGCGACGCGAUGCUUGAACGAAGGAAAAACAAAUGAGAGUGUGAGAGAGAGAGAGAGAGAGAGAGAGAGAGAGUCGGCUUCUUUGACAAUUUAUUGUUAGGCAAAAUGAUCAAAGAAGAGCGUGCGUAACGUAUCGUUCAUCUUGCGCUUAUAGGUCGCGCUCUACGUAAUCGAUCGGUCGAUUUUCAAAGAAAAACCUUUAGCACCGUCUCGUUUUCGAUAAAAAUCUUCGGAAUACGUUGCAUCUCAUCGAAAGGACUUUUUCCAAAUUUUUCGUUUUAUUAAACGGACCCGCUAAACUUCACCAAGGAGACUCUCAUUCCCGGAUAAUUGACAAGUCUCCUUUCUUAAUCUCGAUCUACCAAUGAUGAUUAUGGGGCUCAUUAUUUCACGCUGAUAUCCGGUAUUACGGCGUGAAUGAUACAUCUGCGGUAGACCGAAGAUUAUAUUUAUCCCUGUGACCAAAUUAUAUAGUAUAUUUGCUGUUGCUACGAAGUAUAGAAAAGAAGAAAAAAAAAA